GCAACUACCGAUACCAAAGCAUCAAUGCGACGUUGGAAUCCGGAGGGGAGAACAGCUGUAGCGGCGUGAUCAGCUCGGACUGCAUGGAUCACUUGAAUAAGGCACUACUAAGUCCGGCAUUUUACUGUCCCAGCUCCGAUACUGGGUCCACAUCAGAAGAGUUCAAAAAGGCGUGUCCAAUGUUGAGUGGCGGUUCACACAGCCUCUACUUCGUCGACAUGGCCAACAGCACGUGCGCCUACACCGACAUGCCCGAGGUGCAGAUCCCGGACAAUUACAACACGUUCCGGACAGCAACAUCCGUUGAAGUGGCGAGUAACAUUGACGAAAAUGUCACUACGGACCAGAUUUAUGAUCUCAUGACGCGCCAGACGAUCCCAGUCGUCCUACUGGGACGAUUUGCUGACCCAGAAUCGAAUUUAGUGCAAAGCAGCGUCGAGUUUGUGUGUUUGACUGCGAACAAGACAGUGGAAGGAAGUCGUGUGCCGGAGCAAGUGACGCCGUGGAAGAGUGCCGGGGCUGGUAUUAGUGCUAGGAUGGUGGGAUGGGCGGCUGGUGUGGUGACGGCGGUAAUGCUUGUGUUGUAAGCAUGCAGUUUAUGGUGAUGGUCUUUGAAGGAUGUAAUCGAUAGUACUACAGUAGAGAGGCCAUCUGCAUAACCUGAAUGGUAUAUGUAGAACCUAUAUAGUGGCUUUUCUUUUUGAUCUUUCUCUUUCUAUAUAACAGGUAAACAUAUACU